UACUUAAGGCGCGGCAACCGCGGCUGCAGCAGCGCGCCCAACAGCAGACUCCGGACCUCGGCAAGAACCCUUGCUCUCGACCACCCAUCCACCACUCUUGGUACCAUGGCGGCAGUGGCGGCAGCCUCGGCUGAACUGCUCAUUAUCGGCUGGUACAUCUUUCGUGUGCUGCUGCAGCUCCCUUUGCAGGAAGAAUUGCCUGCUAAAAGAAUCCUUUGCCAAAGGAAUCGCGUAUUUCCUUCAAGGUGUUCCUGGAAUGCUGCAUUUACUGGGUGUUCAGAUACUCCCUGCAGAAGCUGGCAUAUACGGUGUCCCGGACCGGUCGAAAGGUGCUGGGGGAGCGCAGGCAGCGAGCCCCCAACUGAGGCCCCAGCUCCCAGCCCUGGGCGGCCCUAUCAUCAGGUGCUCCUGUGCAUCUCAGCCAGCAAGGGAGCAAAUGCCGCACAGGAAUGGGGGGGUCCCCUGUGUUCCCUCGCCAGAGAAGCACUUGCCAAGGUCAGUGAGGGGCCGGUAGGCCCCCUAAGAAGCAGCACCGACAAUGAUGAAGAUAUCAGAUUCUUUUCUAACCCCUUUGCGAAGGUCCCCUUGUCAGGCGGGUCAGGAAGGGAAGGGGUUUGGGGAGUAGGUCCUGGAGAUUUGGGCACAGGCAUCACAUUCUGAUCUGGACCAACCUGGGACAGUACCAUCCUAGCCCUGAAGUCAUGGCCAUGCCAGCAGGCCCCACGAUAAGAGAUCGAAACACACCAACCAGCAGAAUAAACAUUUCAACACCACCAGCUGAAGCCCUGGAUCUCAGUGCAGCAGAGAAGGCGCCAACUCCAUUUCCCGUGGGGAGGGAUUGGAGGGCAUGGACAAGGGAGGAAAAGAGUUAAGGAACAGUGGGGUCCCCUCACUGUUCCUUGCCUGCAUCAUAUGUUUAUUCCAGCCUUGCUGCCUCUGCUCCCUUGAUUCCCCCUUUCUCCUAACUGCCCCACCAGCCCAUCCCAACCCCUAAAAAUUGUGUCAUUUGAUUGGGACCUAUUCAACCAGUAAAUUAAUCCCGUCUUUACUAAAACACCCUACCCCUCACUGAUCUUGCUUCCCUUGGUCUCAUGCAGUUGUGGUCAAUAUUGUGGUAAUUGCUAAUUGUUUAAGUGUGUGUUAGCUGUGCCCCCCUCCCAGCUAGAUUGUAAGCUCCUGGAGGACAGGGACCGCCUCUACAAAAAUAAAAAUCAGUACCUCUCCUGCCUUGCAGUGUCCUAGGAACCUGCAAGGUGGUGAAGGCACACCAAAAA